UCUUCAUCACCAGAUUCACCACCAUUUCAGAUAUAGAUAUAUAUAUAUAGAGAGAGAGAGAGAGUGAAUCGUUACCAUCACAGCUUAGCUUCAGCAAGCAAAGCAAAGUAAAUUAUGACUCUGAACUUGGGGUCUCCAUGGCUCUCUCGCCUUCCUCUCUCUAACCUCUCAACCACCGCCAACACUAAGCCCAGCGUUUCUCUCUUUUUCCUCAUAUUCAACACCACAACCUCCAUAUCCAAACCACAAUCCUUCUCUGCUUCCAACAAAUUCUUUAAUACCAAAGCUUCGCUAAGCGAGAGCCAGAACGAGGUCGCCGAGCCCUCCGAAUUGUUCAAUGAUGAUGAUGAUGAUGACUUGCUUGAUCGAAUCUCUGCAUCGAAACAUGCGAAUGAAGCCUUGGAUUUGAUCGCAGAAAACUCGAAUCGAAGCCUUGGAUUUGAUCGUAGAAAACUCGAAUCCAAGUGGUGGUGGUGUUGUGAGCGGCUUAAUUGUUGUUCGAUUAUAUCUGCUGCGUUUGAUCGGAACAAUGUCGACUUGGCAUUGUCAGUUUUCUCCGCCAUGCGUUCCAGCUUUAAUUCUGGGGCAGCUAGUGGUGAAAUGGCUUCAUUUAGUCAGAGAUGGAAGUGGUCCAGGCCAGAUAUUCACACUUACACAUUAUUAGUUCGGGGUCUUGCAGCGUCACUGAGAGUUUCAGAUGCCCUUAAAAUUAUUGGUGCCGUUAGUCGAGUUGGAGUUUCUCCUGGUGAAGAGGUCCCUUUCGGUAAGAUAGUGAGGUGUCCAACAUGUAUGAUAGCUGUCACUGUUGCACAACCCCAGCAUGGUAUUCAGAUCGUGUCCUGUUCCAAGUGCCGCUACCAGUACGAGCUAGUUUCAGGCGACAUAGUCAGUAUUGAGACAGAAGAAAUCAGCAUGGAGGUACCUGCAUGGAAAAGGGGGCUAAGAUUCCUGCAAAUAAAGAAGCAAAGCUUCCCUGCUGCAGUUCACUCUAUUGUGGUGGAGACUCCAUCAGGGAUGGCACGCACUCACAGAUUUGCUACUGAAACAGUUGAUCUUCCUGCACAGGAAGGAGAAAGAGUAACAAUUGCUCUAGCAGCUCCAUCAAAUGUUUAUAGAGAGGUGGGUCCCUUAAAGUUUAUUCCAAAAUCCCCCAACUUCUAUCCAGGAGAGCCUAUGUGCCUGACAAACCAUACAGAUGGCCGAGAAUCACUGUUACUAAGAGCACCCAUAAAAAAUGAAGGCUCAUCCUUACUUAACCCCUCCAUCCUCUUUCCACUUGCUGCUGUGCUGGCCACUGGAGAUGCAGCCUCUGGAAUAAUUGAUCCUAGCUUGCCUCAGUUCAUUUCCAUUGCUGCAGUUUCAUCUUUUGCUCUUGGAGCCACUUUGAACACUUUGGUUUUCCCCCAGUUGGGUCGGCUUCCUCAGAGGUUGGUGGACACAAUUGCCAUCAGGCAGCAACUUCUAUCGCAAUAUGACCAACUUCAAUCUCGCAUCAAGGACUUGAAAAAAGCUGCAGAAAAUGAGGUUUGGAUGCUAGCUCGCAUGUGCCAAUUGGAGAUCAAAAUUUUUGCUGUGGGAGAACCUUCUUAUCGUGCUCGGAGAAGUAGAGUCAAAAGGGUGCGUGAAGGCUUGAAAAAUUCCCUCAGGAAACGAAUUGAACUGAUUGACAGCUAUGCUAGAAUUUCUUCAAUGAUUGAAAUUGAAGUAGAGAUGGAUUCUGAUGUUCUUGCUGCUGAAGCGGCUAGCAAUGCAGAAAGUAUCGCUGAACAGAUACAGCAAAUCAUGGAGAUUGAAAAUCUUGAAGAGGGAUGGAGAAUCCAAGCUGAGGCAAAUGAUGAGGUUGAAAGACUUCUUAGUUCUGAAACCACAUCCAGUGAACAGGUUUUAGACGUAUAAUUGAAAGGCAAUCACAACAUGAUAAGCAAUCAUCAUCAUACCCCGGGAAGAAAACUCUUCAUGGUUGUGGGGAAAGGAGGAGGAUGGAAACGCAAAACAGGUGCUUGGUUGUGUCAUCCUACUUGCUCAUCGAGUGACGUCAGUAUUCAAAUUACAUUGACAUUUUCUUUUGUAAAGCAAAACCAUAUUUUGAUCCAAAAUUUGAUGUAUUCACUUUGUGCAGUGUUGCUAUGUAGAAAUCUUUGUAUAAAUGGAUUUUCUCUUCUUUUUUUCCCCCAGUUAUGAAAUAACAUAAGUUAGUUUUGUAGCAUUAUUGAUCUAUUUGGAGGUUUUAGCCCUCCGGAGAUGUAACUGAGUUCCAAGAA